ACGGCAGGGAAAAGGAAGGUGUGCACGUUGUUAGAAAAACAGACAAACUGACAAAUAUUACAGUUGAUCUAAAUGAGAAGAAGCUUAGUAAGGGCUUUAUUUAAUUUUUUUCAAGUAGACUCUGAAAUCAAUUUUUGAAUAUUGAUUUGUUUUAGCUUCAGUAGUCUUCCUAAACACUAGGUGGUGCUAAACAAAUAUAAGUGUGGUGAUGUCCGGAAAUAGUAGCCAGGCGUUAGCUACAUGUGUUGCACAUGCCGAGUUAAACUCUCCUUCCAACAUGGACCUAAACACGAAGAAAAAUAUUUCUCAGUCUUUACUGUCCUGUGGAAACGGUGGAGGCCUCAGUCAGAAGCUCCUCCUGAAGCCCGGAGAGGGCCGAUCCCUGCAGACGGAGCGGGUGCCCAGGAGCAGCGUUCUGGAGCGCCUGCAGAGCUUCCUGCCUCGGAUGGCUGAGGCCAACGAGAAGCUGAAGCAGCAGCUGGAGGAGGCUCCUGAAGGACACUUUGACAUCCAGAACGUGGACGAGGCAGAACGGGUCAUAGAGAUGGAUGUAGCUGUGGUGGAGCUGAACGAGUCGGGCAGCGAAUCAGAAGAGGAGGAGACGUCUGAGUCGGAGUCUGAGGAAGACGUCGCUGAGAUCACAGAGAGGAACCUCAAGCUGCCCGGAGACAGAGGGAACAAAAAGGCCAGCAUCCAGGUCCUGGAGCAGGGAGGCGAGUAGGAGAGUGGGCUGCAGAGUUCUGUUGGACGGUUAGAAGAACAGAGUGGCAGCUUUUCAUCAUCCCUAUGGGAGUUUUUAUAAAAACAGAGUCAGAUGAUGGGACUACCUCAUCCAGCCUGGCCUUUCACUGA